CCAGAUGUUUGAUUAGGCCGUUGUGUAAUAUGUUUAUACCAACUUCCCCGCCUUUUGACGGAUCAAUUUGUGAACCAGUCUUCCAUACUUUCUUGAAUCACUCAAAGGUAGUCUUUUUAUCAUUGUACUUUUUAUAAAAUGGCAAGCCAAGCAGGUAUCAUCAUCGAAGGGGCCAACCAGCCUCACAAAGCCGUCGACAACAUCCCCCGUCCAUCCCCAGAAGGCAGGCAGGUGCUUGUGAAAUGCCUCGCCGUAGGUCUCAAUCCCAUUGAAGCUCUCCAGCAUCACACUGGGAUGAUGGUAAACGAGUGGCCUGCAAUCCUAGGCAGUGAUGGCGCUGGAGUCGUCAUUGAAGUUGGACCCGACGUUACCAGGCUGAAGGUCGGCGACUACGUCUACAGCUGUGCUCCAGUUGGCCAGAAUCGAUUCACGCCAUUUCAAGAUGCUUAUCUAGCUCGGGAAGAUCUGCUGUUCAAAAGGGGCACCAACAUAUCCCUUGAAGAUAGCUGCACAAUUGGGACAUGUCUUCUGACUUCAAGCCUAUGUCUCCUCGGUGGAGCAGGACUCGAGCUUCCUGAAGAUGGCAACAAAGCUCCGGAGAAAGAUGAAUGGAUCGUCGUUUUGGGCGGCAGUGGAAACGUUGGACAAUUUGCAAUACAGCUGGGUAAAGUUUGUGGAUACAAGGUCCUGGCGUCCUGCUCUCCGUCUAAGCAAUCUGUUGCCAGACAAAACGGAGCCUCAGCGAUCUUUGACAGACACGGGACUAUUGAUGAACAAGUGGCAGAAAUUAAGAAGGUCACAGACGGAAACUUUGGCAAAAUCAUGGAUGCAAGCACUUAUGGUUAUAAAGUGAUGGUGAAAGCCCUUGAAAGCGCUUCGAAUGCGAAAGAGAAGUACCUUACAUCAGUUGACUCUUGGUCCCCAUUCUCUACGCCAUCCUCGAUCAACGAGUACAGGGCAGAUCUUGGCCAUCUUUGCCGCCCCAACGAGCGGGAUGGAGCCCAGAUUACAUCCAAUAUUGCCAGCUGGAUUCCAUUGCUUGAAAAGCACGUUGCUGCUGGGACUCUGAAGCCACUCGAGUAUCAUGUUGUUGACGGGGUCGGAUGGGAGAAGGUCAUCCAGGGCAUUCAAGACAUGGAAGGUGGAAAGAUUGGGAAGAAAAUUGUUGUGAGAACCCAGGAAGAAUAAGCAGGGCUUUGUGGUUUUUCCACUUUGUAUUUCGCGAUUGCAGAUCUGCGCUGUUUGGAACAAAUAUGGAAUGGCUUGCUGUAUGAGAAGCCAAUCACGAGAUCCUGGGCGGCGCGUAAAAUGCGACACAGCCCAGCCCAGCCCAGUGCGGCUGAGACAUCAGGCGCUUCACAAUGCUUUCCCUUCUGUUCUGCCUCAACAAGUUUGCUGUCUU